AUGUCUACACUUGAAUGGUUUGGUGCCACGACAUUUCGCUUCCGAACAAGAGGCGUCACCAUCUUCCUAGAUACUUGGCUCGACAGACCCUCCACCUUGAAAACCUAUCUACCAGUUGAUGAUGUACAAGAGGCCGACUACAUCUUUAUCUCACAUGCCCAUUUUGACCAUCUCCCCGGUGCAGACCGCAUCGCCAUCAAAACCGGCGCCAUCGUCAUAGCUAACAACGAAGCAAUCAAUCUCCUAAGAGAAGCCGGCGUUCCUGAACAUCAACUCCUCCCUGUUCAAGGCGGCGAGAGAAUUCCGUUGUUCACUAGCGAGAUAUGGGAUGAAGCCCAUGCUAACCCAUCGCUACUCUCCCCUGGUCCCCCUGGAGCACCUCGACGUCCAUUGGAUAAACUGGCGGCAUUCUCAGUUGAUGUUUGGCCUUCAUUGCACUGCAUGAUGCCUACAGAUCAUCCUGAAGUUAUUGAUACAGCGACUGUAUACAAAGGCUCAGCGAGUCCUUAUAGUUGUACUCUUGAUAUCACUAUCGGCAUGAAAUACGGUUUGCUUAAGAUUGGGGAGCUCAUGCCGCCCGACAAACUUACACCAGGUCAUCGCUCUUUUAUCGAGUAUGUCAGCGAUCGAAAGCGUAAUGUCUUUUCUCACAGUGAUGGCGGUCAAUUGAUGUUCAACUUUGUCAUUGGCGAAAAGGCUUUGCUUUGGAGUGCACAUCUGGGAGGGUAUGAAGGUAUUCUACAAGACUUGCAACCAAAGCCUGACAUUGCGAUAAUGGCUAUUGCUGGGAGAGCGAAUCUUAACGGUAGACCGUUUGAUGGCUCUGCGGCUGAGUUUGUGGCUAUGAAGGUUGGUUGGCUGGGGAGCCCGUCUCAGGUGAUCUGGUGUUUACAUGAUGAAGCGUGUAUUCCACCUUGGAGGAUCAAAACUGAAGCGGCUACAAAGGCCGUCGAGGAGAAUGGCAAGACAAAGGUUUUGACGAUGGAUUUUGCUCAGCCGGUUACGUUGGAUAUAUAGCUUUCUUGGUUCUAGGAAUAUCAUAGAACUCAAU